AUGGCCAAGCCUAAUCCUACAGGCGUCAUGGCCAGAAAGAAGCCUAAACGCGCCCUGACAGACGCCUGCAUCAGCUAUCUACUUACCAAGGAGGUGACCAAGGCUUUAAACAGCAGCGAUUCCAGCCCGUCUGACUCAGAGACGGAUCCCGUGAUGCAGACAUUGUUGGAUACCACUAGGAAACGCACUCUGAAGCCUCGUCGGUCCAUAGUCAAAACAUCAGCAAAUAUGGACAUCUGCUUGGAAUGGAAGCACGAGCGACCUGAUCUCUUUCGACAGCACGCUCGCAUGGAUCCUCAGACAUUCGACAAAUUGACAGAGCGGUUCGACUCAAUGGCGGUGUUUCAUAAUGACUCUGGGCAUGGACCGGAUGUCGGAGCAGUGUUUAGAGAAGAUGAAAUGAUCGUCAUCGCCUUAAUUUAUCUUGGCAGCAACGCAAGGGAGCACGAGAUCGGCGCUAUGUCCCGGAGUGGCAUGCCGAUGCGAACUCAUCUCGUUCCUGCAGUAGUGCCCUGCAGGAUCGAUCAAGAUGGCGGUACGGCUAGCCUUAUAGGUGGAGGGCAUGAGCAUCAGCCAUUGCAUCGCGGAGCUCUAUGCGCCCUCGUGUCGGCUUCUACCCGAUUGCACAUCUGA